UUCUUCUGACUUUGCAAUGCGUGUAUGAGUUGUUUGCGGUGAGACACCGACAUGGACAGGCUUAUAGGCCUGUAUGUAUAUCUUGUAGCAGGGAGUACGUGUGGCAUUCUAGGACAGAAAGCCACCUGCCCCCCGUAUGGAGUGGUGUAUGGGUCGAGGUGCAUCUGGACCAAGGAUAACGACAACGGCAAGGGUAUACAAGAUAGUCAGGCAAUAUGCAGGCGGUAUGGAGGAAGUCUGGUCACAUUCAGCAACAUGACGGAGAUCCGGAAGAUGAUGGCCAUCACAAAGCUAGUGACGGAUGUAAUUAUCGGAGCGACCCGUGUGGAGGUGAACGGCAGCAUGACCUACUACUGGCUGGACACAACAACCGAGCCCUUCUUCGCCAGAUGGGACAACAUAACAGAUCAGCUGGAGAUAAACCAUACAUGUCUCGCUUUUAUAUCUGACGACUUAAGAGCCAUCCCGUGCAAUUCCUGGAUCAGAUACCUGUGUGAGAGAGAUAUGAGCGCCCCCCUGCCCUCGUCGAGCGGCUCCACUAACACGGCCUCUACCACAACGCCUGGGUGUGUCACCGUUAUGCCCGGGGCAGGCUGUGGGGAGACCUUCAUCACCCCCAGAUAUGAAGCCAACACACCCACCAUCGCCUAUGUCACCACCCCCACAAGGUCAACAUCGACUGCUACGGACACAACACCUUGUAGCACCACUGAUGUAACCAUGACAACCACAGAUGACAGAACUACGCAAUUUAGAAAAUCGCAGAUCCCUAAUAAGGAGAUGGAGGAUACGCUGGCUAACAUCACUUCGUCACCAAUUUCCAACAUGUCCGACGUUGAGGUGAAGGCCCUGGUCACACAGUUCAGUAGAGUUGUUUCUAACGUUGGCGCUGCAAGCCAAUCUGAUGUCCGAAAAAUGACGGAUGCAAUAGUCAAGUUAUCAGCAAUGGAAACAUGUGAUAAAAAUACCUUUCAGAUGUAUGCCACAAGCGUGUCGACCGUCCUGACCAUGAUGGAGCCACAUCAGGAGCAGGACAAUGACGGCGUGGCACGGGACGGACAGCCUGAUGCAAUUCUGGAAGCCAUGGAGCAUGUGCUGUUCGCGACGAGGAUAUUAUCAAUGGAGGAGAUGUAUGACAGCUUCUGUAUCCAGAUCGUAUCAUUCAAUGGCAGCCAGGACGAACUGGACAUCCAUGAGGGGAACUACUCUGAUCACAUACAACUAUCAUCCUCGGUGACUGCCGGAUAUGGGCGAAUAUCCACUGUUGUAUACCAGAACCUGCACCGGAAGAUGUCAAAAAGGAGCCGGAAGUACCGAAAGGCCAAGCUGGGGAGCAAGGUCAUCUCUGUGGCUGUGCAAGAUGCGAAGUCCCCUCACAAGACGAAAGUAGAAACACCAAACGCAAUCAACUUCACAGUCGCACGAGUUGACAGAAAGGGCGAGGAGGAGAAAACGCGCAUCUGUGCUUUCUGGAACACCCACGAGGCUGAAUGGUCAGAUAUCGGGUGUCAUCUACUGAGUCAGAAUAAAACCCACACGACCUGCUCGUGCGACCAUCUCACAAGCUUCGCUGUUCUUGUCCUGUACUACAAUGAUGAUAAAUUAUCUGACAUCAACGAACGAGUGCUGUACAUCCUGUCAGCGGUAGGAUGUAGUUUGUCCAUCCUGGGGCUGGCCAUGACCCUCUUCAGCUUCACCUAUCUCAGGAUGCUGCAUCGGGAGCGGAUCUUGAUCCAUGCAAAUCUUGCAGGUUCUCUGAUGUUUGCUCAGAUUAUCUUUGUUGCUUCAAGUGACGCCCACAAGAGUCAGGUUCUGUGCAAGGUGGUGGCGAUCUUGAUGCACUUCUUCUUCAUGGCCGGCUUUACGUGGAUGAUGCUUGAAGGACUUUGUCUUUAUCUCAGCUGUCUGCGAAGUCACCACAUUUACGGUGACAUGCGCCUCAAAUACGCAGUCAUCGGCUGGGGUGUCCCGAUCAUCAUUGUCAUCCUCUCCGUAGGUAUACAGUUCCCCCACUACGGCGAUGGCCCCGGGGACAGCCCUUCAUUACCAAUCAGCUGUUGGCUGUCUGCGGAACACGGACUCAUCUGGGCCUUCAUGGCGCCCAUGCUUCUCAUCGUCAUCUUCAACCUGAUCAUCCUGGGUCUGGUCAUCAAGGUGUUUCUGACUCUCAAGGCCAAUUCACAGAAGUCAGAGGCUGCUCGGAUCAGAGCCAGCCUGAGAGCCAUGUCCAUGCUGCUGCCACUGUUAGGCGUCACGUGGCUGCUCAGCAUCCUCGUUCCCUACAGCACCAUCUUCCACUAUCUGUUCGUCAUCGGCAACUCUCUACAGGGGUUGUUGAUUUUCUUCCUGCACUGUCUCUGCAAUGAAGAGGUACGGAAAUUCCUUGCUGCCAAGCGAGCCACACCCACCAUGGGGACGGCCACCUCCGACAUCGACGAUAGCGCAUUUUGGAGACGUCGACGGUCGGCGGCGGCUCUCAGCUUUGAUGAUGUACAGUCAAGAUGUCAACCCAACCCACCAGGUCGCCGACACGCAUGGAUAUGAACGUAAAGACACGAAGAGACCACCAAGGAUUGUGCUUACGUACAUGUAGUGUCUCACCCACGCGCAUGUUGACUCUUGUGUGUUGCGGCAUACCUGGUUACGUCAAGUGACCAUGCCAUUGUUGUGGAUUCAAUGUCGGACUGAAGGAUGUUGACAGGCUACGCGCAUACAUGUGUGUCAUUCAUAAAGGAAUAAAACUCAUUACGAACACAACAUGAUUUACGUAUAUCAAUUAAAACAUCUAUCGUUGAUGAAUAGAGCAUUGAAACGUUGUACUUGGCGACUGGGAUAUUGAUCGUCCGCAACUCGGCAAUGUAUGUAUGUAUGAAACUGUACACCUAGAUCUGCAUACACCGUGCACAGCUCAUUGGCUGUCAUGUUUACGUGUCAAGCAGUCUAUCAGUCUAACUUUUCUUUGGGACUCAAAGCUUUAACAAAACAGACCACUCUCAUGGCGGACCUGUGCAGCGAUUCACACUUCACAGCGCACAGGAUAGACAUAGCAUAUUUCACUUAGUCAAGGGAUCAAAGUGACUAGGUAUUCUCUUUUGAUGCAAAUGGACACAAUUGCCUACCAUACUGUCAACAUAUAUCACCACCUGAAAGAGGUUCAUUCCUUUGCCACUGUCUAAAGGUGGGCAGUUGAGUUCAAGAAGGGAUUAGUGAGGCU